AUGUCCAACCUUCAUACAGCACCCGAUGGCGAGGAUCGUACAAGGACGGAUAGCGAUAAUGCAUCGGCAGCCCAAAUCCUAGAGGCUGGCCAAGAAGACCCCAGGGAGGAUGAAGACAUAGACGAUUCUGUGAAGGAGGAUAUGAAGAAACUUGAGGAUACUUUUCCUGGAAUCACAGACCGAUUUCGUUUAGUCAAUAGGAUUGGCGAAGGCACAUUUUCUACCGUGUACAAGGCGGAGGAUCUUCUGUAUGAUCAUUAUCGCAACGAUUGGGAUAUGUUCCAGGACAACCAGAAUGACAUCUGGACAAGUCCGCCGUCAAAAAGACGUCGGAUGGAAAAUGAGAGUGGUCGGUCAUUAUCCAUCAAGCGAAGAAAUCCACGGUAUGUAGCUUUGAAGAAAAUUUAUGUGACAAGCAGUCCUCUUCGCAUUCAGAACGAGCUCGAACUGCUACAUGAUCUUCGUGGGUGUCGAUCCGUAUGUCCUUUAAUUACUGCCUUCCGGUACCAAGACCAGGUUGUGGCCGUGCUGCCAUUUUUCCCUCAUACCGACUUUCGAAUUCAAUAUCGCACCUUCAUGGUUGCAGAUAUGCGCCACUACUUCCGAUCUCUCUUUACUGCGCUACACUCGGUCCAUAAACACAAUAUUCUCCACCGUGACAUCAAGCCAACCAAUUUUCUGUACAAUCCGGAACUCAGAGAAGGUGUCCUUGUCGACUUUGGUCUUGCAGAACGCGAGGGCGCCGAAUAUAAUGGCACAUGUCUAUGUGCCAAUCCGGGUUAUGUACGCCGUAGUCGGCUGUUGCAAAGUUAUUAUUACACCCAUUGUCCGAUGUCCACCUUGUCAGCUGGCUACCCAAAGAAUGACUCCAGGCCAUCUAAACGGGCCAACCGAGCUGGGACUCGAGGGUUCCGCGCACCAGAAGUACUCUUCAAAUGUACAUCACAAACAACAAAGAUAGAUAUGUGGUCUGCCGGUGUUAUUCUUCUGACCUUACUUGGACGCCGCUUUCCGUUUUUCAAUUCGGCAGAUGAUGUCGAUGCUAUGAUAGAAAUGGCAAGCAUAUUUGGCACCCGGCGCAUGAAGACUGCAGCAGUUAUGCACGGGCAAAUAUUCGAAACGAACAUCCCAACAAUUGGAGAGAAAGGAUACAGUUGGGAGAAGCUUGUAAAGUGGGCCAGUUGUGUGGAAGAAUUGACAGAAAGCGAGAAACAAGCGACUCUUCUUUUGGCUGGCCUUAUGGAAUUGGAUCCAUACAAGCGGAUGAGCGCCAGGGAUGCUUUACAACAUGACUUCUUCACCAACCCAAUAGAUCACGAUGUGGAGUGGGGAGGACAACCCGAAGACAGCGCAGACACUGGAGAGGAUGAUGAAGGGGAUAGAGAAGAUGAGGAAGCGGACGAGGUAGCUAUGGUCUAA